ACGACUUGUUUUUCUGUAAAAAUCUGAAAAUAUUGAUGAAGUAAUACUGGAAAAUUCACAAUAUGCAAUUUACUCUUGAAUAAUUAAUAAAGAUGUCUAAAUCGGAGGAAGGCAUAUUGCAUUCUCUUGAAAAUUUACUUCAAAAGGAUUAUAAAGGAGUAAACAUAGCAGUAUACGCUUUGGCUACUACUGGUCUAGCAAUAUCUAUCCACAAAAUCCGUCCGUUUAGCAAGUUCUCUAAAGCGACAAAAGUUCCUGACCACUUCAUAAAGCAGCAUGAACCUCUCAAGGGUGUUUAUACAGGAGUACAACAUUCACCAGUGCGGCUUCUGAUUAACCAUAAGGCACCAGUGUACUUACCUCUCUGGCACUCCAGUAAACCUCCUCUUCCAGUUAAGCUAUGGGGUGUUGAUGUAAUGGGUGGUAAUGCAGUAAACUGGCUAGAAUGUGUAGCUAAAGGCAAAGAAGUAACACUAAAACCUAUUUUGAGAGACAAAGAUGACCUAGUAUCCAGUGUCCUACUUCAUUUGCCCAAUGCAAAGAGUAAGACAACUGAGACUCUGGAUAUAGGACAGAAGUUGGUGGAACUAGGUUUCGCCAAGGCGUCUGUGCCACAAGUUAAGAAGAAUACUUUGGAAUCACAGCUGGCACCUACAAUUUUAUCAGCUGAGGCAAGAGCGAAGAAUUAUCGCAAUGGAAUUUGGGCGGAAGCUCUCCCGCCACUCCCCCUGUACGUUGUUUACUGGCGAAAAGGUUCACAAGUUAUGAAACAUGUAGCAAUUUUAACGGCUAAAAGCUUAUUACGCCUCCUAGUUCUUCUACCAAGAGGGAUAGUAGUAGGUACCAAAAGUCUGAUUAAAAUUGCAAAACCAACCCCAAAAUCAAUUCAAACAUCAUAGAUACUAGUUUUUUGUACAUGCAUUUAGAUAUAAUAUGGAUAUGACUGGACUAAGUACCCGAGAUAGAGAUGUAUUUUUGAAUGAGUUGAGAAUAAAUUCUUGUUACUAUUGUUA